UUAGUUUUUAAAAGUGUUUGCAUAUCACGAUUCCCAUAAGUGGUGUCAGAAGUGGGAUCGUGAGGUGUUAAAAUAGUGGAAGAUCCCGCCGCACGAGUAACCAGCCGUCGAAGGAUCACCCGGAUGCUGCAAACACAACCAAUACUGUGGCUCCUUACGCUGGUAGGGAUGGCCACUUCAGACUUGAGAAUUCAUACCCUGGAUCAGAGUCCGAUCAUUAUAGUUCCGUUAGGACCCGCUAAAAUAAGCACUAGUUCUCUGCGAAUUGUGCACCCCAUAAACUUGACCUCAAUUGGAACAAUUGUAGAAAACUUUAACGCCGUUUCUAUGGAGAGAUUGUCGAAUCAAACGCCUUUUAAGUCAAUAGUUAAAGCAAAAUUAGACAAAAUAAACUUGAGUUACAACCGAAUAAAACCACUACGUAGGAGAAAACGAUGGGAAUCUCUCGGAAAGGCCUGGAAAUACGUAUCGGGAAGCCCUGAUGCAGACGACCUUAAGAUUAUAAAUUCGUCAUUAAAUUCAUUAAUUAGCGAGAAUAACAAGCAAAUAAGAAUCAAUAGUGCUUUCGAUUCACGAAUGAGCAACAUUACAAAAGCAAUUAACGUCAUACUGGAAAAUGAGGAAAAUGUAAUACAUUCCUUAGAGGGCUUUGAUGUAUUAGAAUUAAUAUUCAAAAUUGAUGAGCUAUUAUACUACUUAGACAUAAUCGAAGAGGCGAUCACACUAGCGAGACGGAGUAUCCCAAGCAGCCGCAUCAUUCACCUCGACGAAUUGGAAACCAUUCAUCAUUCCCUCAUUAAUGACGGUUUCGGGCUUAACUCGGUCGAUAGCAUACUUAGUACUGCCAAUGCCUACGCAGUAUUAAACAACGAAAUUUUCAUGUACAUACUGAAGAUACCCAGGAUCAAAAAUGUACAGUACACCCUCAACUUCAUUGAACCAGUCAUUGUAGAUCACCACAGAGUCCACCUACAAACACAGUUUUAUUUGAAAGGACAGAAAUCAUUCAUGUUAAAAAGCGCUUGUUCCAAAGCCAACGCCAUGUUUAUAUGUUCCUCAACGGAUCUAGAACCUUUGACGGUUGUAUGCAACAAUUGGUCUCCGGAAAUACAGCAGAGUGUCCCAUAGAACGCACCUACGGAAACAAAACUAUUCGGAAAAUCAAUGAUGGCAAUAUAGUCGUCAAUGCAAUCAAUGUAACACUUUCGUCAAACUGUUCAGUCACCCAACGCACUCUACAGGGGUCGUUCCUAAUCCAAUACUCAAACUGUACACUGAAAUUGGAUGACGAGGAAUAUGUCAACACAAAC